AUGCUUGAGUAUGCAACUAAGUUUACGAUGAAUGGCAAGUACAUUGUCAGGCUAUCUGGAAAGAAUACAUACGUUGGCCUGUUUACGCUUGAUGCUCUGCGCGGUGUCGGUGAUGUUCCAGAGUUGGAUAUCUUGGAACGCUCCAUGCUUAGCAAGAUGAAACUUCAACCAUUGUCUGAUGAAGAGAGAAAGACGCUUUUCAACGAGGAGAUCGAAGUAGAAGAAGAAGUACCAGUAGAAGGACCAACAGAUAAAUCCAAGGUGAUAUGGAAAAAACUUAACAAGUACUUGGAAUAUUCCGAGAAUGUACUUGUAAAUGGAAUGCACAUUCUCAAGAUGCGCAAAAAAGACACUGUAAUCGGCUUGAUGACUGAUGACCAUAUUGCUGCAGAGAAUGUAGAGUGUCAUUCUCUUAGCCAGAAGGAAAAAGAGAAGUUGUUUGCUAUGGGAUUUAAACCGCAUGAGCAUAAGCAAAGCUUGCCACAGAAAGAUGAGAGCACAUGUGAGGAUGAUAAAGAUGCUGAGGGCGAUAAAGAUGCUGAGGAUGACAAAGAUGCGGUGGGUGAUAAAGAUGCUGAAGAUGACAAAGAUGCUGAGGGUGAUAACGAUGCUGAGGAUGACAAAGAUGCUGAGGGUGAUAACGAUGCUGAAGAUGAUAAAGAUGCUGAGGAUGAUAAAGAUGCUGAGGAUGUUAUGUGGAAAAGUCGAGACAAAUUUACCAACAACAAACAAAAGCAGAAGUUAAUUGCCAUGGGGUUCACGAUCGAGGAAUUGCCUAAAUUGUACUCUACAGAUGUAAAGUUUUGGUAG